AUGCCACCCAUUCCAAUCUACGCCGAUGCGCCCAUCUCGGCAGCCGCCAAAGCAGACGGUCCAACUCCUCAGACAGCACCCCUCCAACCCGGACAACCGACCUGCCAGCGACUACGACUUCUACAACCAACAAUAGCUACCCAGCUGCCCAACCCGGCGCCGCAGCUGGUCCCGCACCCACCGGCAGCGUGUCGAGACCGCCUCCACCACCUACCAGCACCAUCUCUACGAGUCUCCAGCAUGAUGGCCCACCACCCCCCAGCCCGGAGCUGUACCCAUGCCCCCUCGCCGUCCACUCGCUCCAAUGCCUACGACCCCACAAGUCCAGCCGCUCCCAGAGCACAACCCAUGCCACACCAACUCAACAUCCCACCACCCACGACGAGCGGCCUGCCCACCCACACUACAGCAGCAGCUAGCCCAACCUCGCCGACCCGCCGCCCAGUAACAUUGCCAAUGGGCCCCGUGUCUCCCACAAUGCACAGCCGACCUCAGAGCAUCUCCACACACCCACCGGGCUACCAGCAAAACCCCUACGCUGCCGAAAUGACCUCUGCCCAGCGCGCCAGCCUCGAGGCCGCCGAAGCAGCAGAAAGAGGCCGCAAGUCCGGUCGCAACAGCAUCAGCGAAUGGAUCACUGGCGAAGACGACGGCUUUGGCCGUCCGACCACUGGCACUGCAAAGGCAUGGUUUAAGGGCGUUGCUUCUCAGGUCGGCGACAUGGCUACCAAGGCCAAUGAGUUUGCGAGCAAGAAGCUCGGAUAG